UUUUCGCGAGUGUUGUGUGUGUGAAUGUGUGCAUUGAAGGAAGCUGAGAGGAGGAGGAGGCCUGGAAGGCAUCGAGCAACGGCGGAGCAACCUUGGUUACAUCACGAUCAAAACUCCGCUGCGCAUCGUACCGGACAUCGACACGAGCCUGUAACCACCUUGCGACCAUCACGAUGCCAGGAACGUGCUUGAUGACCGAUGCGGUCAGGACAGCGGAUAGUUAGUGAUGAGGAGGAGCAAGUUAUCGGCGUGCCGACGGCCCGAGUCACUAGUAACAUGCCAGUCCUUGGUCCAAGCGUCGAUUCAACUUCACUUCGAGGACUUCUGAUCGCCAUCUUCAUCCUAUUGUCCCUGCCGCGUUGUCGCUGCACAGAUCUAGGACAAUGCACUACGGCGUUAGGCAUGGAGAGCGGAGAAAUCCCUGAUGAAGACAUCUCGGCAAGUUCUAUGUACGAUCCUAGCCUCGGACCGAAACAUGCCAGGUUGCGACAAGACAGGGGUGGCGGCGCUUGGUGCCCAAGAAAUAUGGUAACCAAGGAAGGCAAGGAGUACCUGGAGGUGAAUCUGCAUACUCCGCGUUUACUGACGUCUACCAAAACGCAAGGCAGAUUCGGCAAUGGCAACGGGGUCGAGUACACCGAGGAGUACUUUGUCGAGUAUUGGCGGCCAGGGUUCAACAAGUGGGUGCGAUGGAGAAAUCGACGUGGCAUAGAGCUUUUGGUGGGCAAUAACAAUCCAUAUUCGGAGGAGGAACAAAUCUUCGAUCCAGCUGUAAUCGCAACAAAAAUCCGUUUUAUCCCUUACACCUCUCAUAUGCGCACAGUAUGUAUGCGCGUAGAGCUUUACGGCUGUUCAUGGACAAAGGGUCUCGUUUCGUAUUCCAUGCCCCAAGGAAUCAAGAGGGGUUCCGAGGUUGACCUUUCCGACAGGACAUACGACGGCCGCGAAGAAGCGGGUUACCUCUCCGGGGGACUUGGUCAACUUGUCGACGGGCAAAAGGGUCCCGACAACUUCAGAUUGGACGUCAGUGGUAACGGAAAGGGAUACGAAUGGGUCGGCUGGCGAAACGACACACCCAACAUGCUUGGACGUCCGGUGGAAAUAACUUUCGAGUUCGACUACUCGAGGAACUUCACUGCCAUACAUCUACACAUGAACAAUUACUUCACGAAGGACGUGCAGGUUUUCUCGUACGCGAAGGUCUAUCUCGGCACAGGUGGCAACCAGUUUACCGGCGAACCUGUCCAUUUCUCUUACAUACCUGAUCAAGUUCUUGAACAGGCGCGCGAGGUCACCAUAAAGCUGCAUUCGCGCGCCGGCCGCUUCCUAAAAUUGCAGCUCUACUUCGCCGCACGGUGGAUCAUGCUCAGCGAGGUAAUCUUCGAAUCAGUUAUCUCCGAAUGGAACAAUACCGAAGACGAGGAGGCGAAGAACAAGAGCGCUAUUGUACUGGCGACCGGCAGCCCCUAUCAAAAUAACGAGGGUCCACUGCAGAGAGAUGAAGUGAAGGCUACUUUUAAUAAGGAGGAAAGCAAAGAUAACACCUGUGCAUUAAUGAUAACGCUCGAUAUUUGGCCACAGGUCUCCGUGCCAGAGGAGGGCGAGGACAAAGGACCAAUUUGCCCCCCGCUUCCGGCGCAGUACCAUCCAGCCACUUACAGCACGACAACGCCGCAAUUACACAAAACCGUCACGGAUUACACCGGAAUCAACGAGGUGCAGCCGGUUAUUCCGCUCCUGCUUAACUCGACGAUCAAUCUUGCCAGGCCAAUUCCGGCGGUCCAAGAAUAUCCAUCUAACCCACCACCCAUACCGCCCCCGCCGGAAAAGUAUUACGCCAGCACGGAGAUCUGUAAGAGUCCUCUACCACCACUGCCACCUUCGCCAACACCAAGUACACCACCGCCAAUGAGUGCGAAAGCCUCUAGCAGUGUAACUAGCUAUAGUCCGGAAGAUAUGUUAACGGAAGAAGAGGAGGAGAUACCUGAGUGUGUCCUUGAUUUUCCACGGGAAAAACUCAACAUCGUUGAAAAUCUUGGCUGUGGAUACUUCGGCGAUGUUCAUCUCUGCGAAGUUGACAGGUUUCCUGGAUACGAUGAGAUUUUCAGAAACACCUCCAGCGAUUUAGUUAUUGUUAAAUCCUUGAAACCAGGAUCUUCUGACGCUCUUAGGAUAGAAUUUCAACAGGAGGCAAAGAGACUGGUACGACUCGCCGAUCGAAAUGUCGCGCGGCUACUCGGUGCCAGCCUUGAGAACGAUCCCAUGUGCAUCGUAUUGGAAAACGGCGAGUAUGGGGAUUUGAAUCAAUAUCUGCAAAGUCACAUCGCCGAAACUUCAAACUUGCACACGGCUAAGACGCUUAGUUUCGGCACAUUGGUUUACAUGGCCACGCAAAUAGCAUCCGGUAUGAAGUAUCUCGAGGAAAUGGACUUCGUGCAUCGGGAUCUCGCCACAAGAAAUUGUUUAGUGUGCCGCGGAUGUACGGUUAAAGUAUCUGAUUUGGGUAGCGGACGAAGCGCAUAUGCGGCGGAUUACUUCCGUGUCGAAGGACGUCCUCCAUUACCGAUUCGAUGGAUGCCAUGGGAAUCAAUGCUAAUGGGAAGACACACGUGCAAAGGCGACGUCUGGGCGUUUGCCGUCACGCUGUGGGAAAUACUGACAUUCGCGCGGGAGCAACCGUUCGAGGAGUUUUCGGAUCAUCGAAUAGUGGAGAAUGCGACUUAUUUUUAUCAAGAGGAUGAACGAAGGAUGAUACUACCGCUGCCAAAAAACUGUCCCAAAGAAAUCUACGAUCUGAUGCGCGAAUGCUGGCAGAGGAACGACGUCGACCGACCAAACUUUCGCGAGAUUCACCUGUUCCUGCAACGAAAAAAUCUCGGUUAUAAACCCGGUGAGUCAAACGAUACUUGA